ACAACAACAACAACAACAACAAUGGAACAAUUAGUAACAUCAUUGAAGAAGCAAUUUGCCAAUAACGGUUUCAAUAUCGUCGAGCCGUUCAUGGUAAAUGAUUACAACAAUGCUUGCAAGUACAAGCUCAAUAAUAUGGGCAAUGACAAUGCGAUGGGCUUGGUCGUGGGCUGCAGCAAGCACUUUUGGGAGCACUUUGUACGCUUCAUUGUCGAUCUUGACCAGAUCCCCAAGGACCCCAUGAACACGUUCUGUCUAACGACGAUCGAGCAAGUGCUCUCUAGCAACGACGAGGCGCAGAAGCACCGUUUCGACGUGCGCUACGACUGGAACACCGUUCAGUCUGGCCGCUACGCGCACAUGCAAACCGCCGGUCACUUUGCCGGUGUCGCUCACUACGACCAGGACGUGAUGUGGUCGAUCCAUCCAGAGUAUGGCCUCUGGUUCGUCUUCCGCGCCAUCAUUGUGUUCGACGUGCCCUUCACGGGAGAGCGUCCGACGCCCGCCCGCAACCUCUUCACGACAGAGGCCAAGCGCGAGAUGAUGAAGUGGACGACCGUAGCCAUUGACGAGGGUUGGAGCAACCUGGAGACACGUCUCAAGAUUCGCGAGUCCUGUCCACAUGGACGCGAACUGUACCGCUACGAAGGUGACAUGUUUGAUUACUUCUAUCCAAUCCAGAGGUCGGCUCGCUCUGUCCUCGAGUCAAUCAUUCAACAGCAUGACAGCACAGUGGAAGGACGUCUGCGCAAACAAUCUUCCUCCUCAUCGGCCACCCCCUGUAACGAUGAUACAAUCGUCCCAGUCUCCGUGCCACUCGUGUCGACAGUUCCAGACACCAUCAUGUUGCAG